GUGAUUUAAAAAAAAGGAAUAGCAACACAAAGAAAUGAGCUAUAUCUCACCGGUGAGCUCUUUUUUUUUAGAUCAGGUCCAUGAGCUCCUCAAGUGGUUUGUUGGUGACCACUGCUCUAAAUUGCAAAUGGUUGCUUGUCUAUAUGCCUUGUGAUUGGCUGGCGACCAGUCCAGGGUGUAGCUCACCUAAUGAGCCACGAGGACAAGUGCUAUUAAAAAAAUGGAUGGAUGGAUGGAUUUCUUUUUAUCGGGAUUUACUUAUUUGUAAGGGCCAUUUCCAAUUCAUACAGCAGUGUUGAAAUGGCAAGUUAAUGAGAAAAAAAAAAUCUACUGUCAGCAUGAAUACACAGUUUUAGUAAGUACCAAGCUAAAGUGUUGGUGAAUGUUUUCAGGACCAUUUGCAUAGCACAUUUCAAGCCAUUGUGUAACACAGCACUGGUCACACCCACUGAGCAGAAAUCUUGUGUAUAGUUGAGCAAAAGAGCCUGGAAAUUUUUUAAUCCAGACACAGAACAGGCGUGCUGAGACUAAUCCAGUUGAACGCUCCCUAACAGACACAGAGCAGCUUUAAACGAGCAGCCGUGGAAAAGAUGCACGAGAUGAUGGUGCUCUCAGCUCCUCGACCGGAGAGGAUUGGAUGUGGGGAUGCGUUAUGAGUCGGUGCGUCAGCACAGGAAUAAAUUCAACGAUAUAAUCCUUUUGAGGUUUAAAAGUGUUAUGCUCCAUGCAUAUUGUCAAUCCUCAUUUUUGCUUUUCUGCAUUAGCAGCAUUCCGUCUUCAGCCAGAUGGCAGACUGUCCCAACUGUGUGAUAAUGUGUAUGUGUGUGUGAGUGUUUACCGGGUUGCUCUUGUAGCAGGUGGUUAAGGAGAUAAUCCAGGUAAAGCCACUGCAAAGUGGAGAUGGAGGGAUGGACUGAGGAAGGGGGUGGGUGGAUGGAUGGAUGGUGUGAGUGGCCUUUCUAUGGACUCCUAUUGGGCUAAUUCUGGCCUCCUAAUCCUGUUCCUGUUCGCCCUCCCUCUCCUCCUGCUUGCCAUCUCCGCACUGAUGGUUUGGAGAGAUCGAUGGCCAGGUAGACACAACUAUCAUGUACGCACAUCCUUAACCUCAACAGGUUAUCUGAGCAGGAAGAAAGUGAAAAAAGAGGCUGCGUGUAUCUUUGUGGAUAGCUAACCUGUAUUGCAUGUGAGUGAGCCUCAUUGGAGAAUGUAGCAUCGGCCCUCCAGACAAGCUAAAGGAUACACGCUACCAUGGGAGAAGCUCAGCAGGGCUUACUCUCCGUCAUUGAGAAACUGAAGGGAACCAGCGAGCAAGAAGUGCGAAUAGUUCUUCUGGGCUUGGACAAUGCCGGUAAGACCACCCUGCUCAAGAGCCUCGCCUCUGAGGAUGUCAACACCAUCACACCUACACAGGGCUUCAACAUAAAAAGUGUUGCCUCUCAUGGCAUGAAACUCAACGUGUGGGAUAUUGGAGGGCAAAGGAAGAUCAGACCUUUCUGGAAAAAGUAUCUGGAGAACACAGAUCUGUUGAUUUAUGUUAUUGACAGUGCAGACAAAAAGCGAUUUGAGGAAACAGGACUGGAGUUAUCUGAGCUGAUAGACGAGGAGAACCUGAAGGGUGUUCCGGUCCUCGUCUUUGCUAAUAAACAAGAUUUGGCUACAGCAUCGGCGGCCAGUGAAAUCGCAGAGGGACUUAACCUUCAUACGUACAGGGACCGUGAGUGGCAGAUUCAGGCCUGCUCAGCCGUGUCUGGGGAAGGAGUUCAGGAUGGCAUGAACUGGAUUUGCAACAACAUCAUGAAUAAGAAGAAGUCAGCCAGUAUCCCAAAAUAACAUGGAACAGGCAACCACCAUCUUUAUCAUGGCAACACACACACAGACACACACACUACAGAUGUGAAGAAUUUUCUUUUUGUAGUCUAUGUCAUGCUAUUUAUAUUUAGGCUACAAUGAGUAAAUUAGGCUCCUACAGUGUUUCUCACUACUAAAUGUUUCUGUCCCCUCAUCCCAACGAUCUUUGUCUGGUGAUUCUGUGAAACUGUGCAAGCUUUACCAUAUUAGAACUUUUGGAAUUUGUACCAUUCAUACUGUAGUUCAGUGUGGGUGUAAUGUGUAUUUGGGAGAUUUUUGACAAUAAAAUGUUCGCUCAUCUUCUUUGUCAUGUCUGUUCUCAAAUUCUUGUCAAUCUGGAAUAUUCUUCAUCCAUCUGGCCCAAUCCAUCCAUCCAUUUUCAAUACUGCUUAAAACUGAGGGUUAUUUUGAGUAAAAGCAAUAUUUUAGAUGAAGCUC